CAUUCGGUCAGAUCCGCUAUCAUGAAGCGCUCGAGGACAGAAAUAGACCUCAGUGCCUCCUGUGCGCUCGCGCCUAGUGAACAACCUCACAGCCUCUCCCUCAAAACUUCAGCAUGGUUAUUAAAGUGUUUCUGGCUUCUUCCUCAGGAUCGACAGCGAUCAAAAAGAAGCAGCAGGAUGUGGUCGGGUUUCUGGAAGCUCUAAAAAUCGAAUAUGCCCAGCUCGACAUUGCCUCCAAUGAAGAAAAUCGCAUGUGGAUGAGGGAGAAUGUACCUGGGGAAAAGAAGCCGUCCAAUGGAAUCCCACUUCCUCCUCAGAUCUUCAAUGAGGACAACUAUUGCGGGGACUAUGAUACGUUCUUCGAUGCCAAAGAGGACAACUCAGUUUAUGAAUUCCUGGGAUUGACCCCUCCACCUGGCUUCAAGAAAGAUGCAAUCGCAGAAGAGGAACAGAGCAAAAAUACACCUGUGGAGGAGGGAGGAGAGGAGGGUAAGGAAGAGGCAGUAGAACAGGUGGCAGAGGACGAGCCUUCAGAAGAGCCUAAAGUGGAAGAAGAAGAUGAAGGAGAAGAAGAAGGAGAAGUUGAAGAAACAGAAGAAGUAGAAGACAGUAAAAUGGCGCAUGAAGAAGAGGAAGGCCAGGAAGGUGAAGUAGAAGAAGAAUAUGAACAGGGAGAAGAGGACCUGAUGUCUGAGGAGGAGGAAGAACUACGACAGCUUGAGGAAGAAGAAGAGGCGCAAGCAUCAGAGGAGGAAGUGGAUGAAGACUGAGGAUGGGACACUGAGGAUUAGGACAAUUAAGAAUUCAAGUUUGACAAAUAUUGACUCCUACCCACCGUGACAGCCUCUGCUUGAAGACCAUGAAGAUGUUUAGCGCAGGAUUUUCGACACAAUGUUCCUGGAGUGCUUGUUCCCAUGGACACUUAGACAUGAACAUCGACACCACCAACAUCUGGAACAGAACUGCUGUUUUCCUUCCUCCGUAUCUUUAUACCUUUAGUCUUUUUUAUUAUUAUUCUGAUCAAUUCGAAGGAAGGAAAUUUUGUAAUAUCUAAAGGUGUGCUGCGGCAUCGCUUUUCUCACCAUGUUUUAUGUUUAGAAGACUGCUUUAGAAGAUAGUACUGAUAACCUUGGAGUCUGUCGUAGUUCUAGGUAUAAUAACCGCUAGUGUGUAAACUGCAACUGACUGUGCGAAGGCUGGACGUAAACUGCUCUUUCAAAUCAAUACCCGUGGUUUUAAAUUCAUGUAGUUAUGUAUAUGAGGUUAAAAAUAAAAAGAAAAUAUGGAAUUACAGUA